AUGAAUGAAACGAAUUGUUCAAUAAUAAGAUUUAAUAAACCUCAAAUUAGUCAAUUUCAUCGAUGGAUAGCUGUAUCGUAUACUUUGUUAUUUAUCGUAUCAUUUACAGCGAAUUUACGGGUACUGUUUAAAUUAUGUCAUUAUACUCGACGACGAUUUCGUGAUCAUAUUUUAUUGUUAAAUUUAUGUGCUGCAGAUUUAUUUGUUACAAUGACAUAUAUGCCAAGUGAAAUUUAUACAUAUACUAUUGGGAACUUUUACAACGAUGCUAUAUGCAAAUUAAUGGCUGUGAUGAAAGCACUCGGAAUUUAUGUAUCGAGUUGUAUGAUUAUAGGUAUUAGUUUCGACCGUUAUCUAUCAAUUGUACAUCCACUUAGUUUCUACGGAUCGAAUAAACGAAAUAAAAUUAUUGUCAUAUUAUCGUGGGUUGUUAGCAUUAUAGCAUGCGUACCACAAGCUAUUGUCUUCAAACGUCUUACAAAUGAUGCUUUAUGUAGUGAGAUGUGUGGUGACACAUUAUCGGAUAGUCCUGUAAAACGAAUUGCUUAUAAUGUAGCUGUUACCAUUUUUGCUUAUAUAGCACCAUUAUUAACAAUACUCUAUUCUUAUUUUCGAAUACUACAUGUCCUACAUAAACGUUGUAAUCAACAAACAUUUCAAUUUUCCAACGAUCAUCGUCAUCGUCAUGAUUCAGAAAAAACACCUUCAUUAAUCCAACAAGAUAUUAAUACGGUUAAUGUUAAAACAAUGACACGAGCCAAACUAAAAACAUUAAAAUUAACAGCAGUUAUUGUCAUAGCAUUCAUAGUGUGUUGGACACCGUAUUAUUUGGUUGUAUUUUACUUAUUGAUUACGGAUGCACAGAUAAAGGAAACGACACCACCUGUCGAUAUUCAACAACCAUCUAAUGAUGAACGAUCAUUAUUGAUCGUCAUGAUGUUAGCCGUAUCAAAUAGUGUCUUAGACCCAAUUAUUUAUGCGGCGGAGGUGUGA